GCCGACUCGCCCGGUAACCAAAGCAUAUGAUAAUAUAGCCAGCCAAAGCACAUCCAAUCCAAAUUCUUAAAACACGGCGAAAAUUAAAUUACAAAUCUGCCAAAGAUCAGGUCCUCGCUCCAUUGCGCCCCCCACCAAACAGAUCCCUUCCUUGAUUUCGCUUCCGCCGCCUGUUCAAAUUUUUCGCUAGUUUUACGGCCACCGAAGGAUCACAAAGGUGAAUAAUCAUGGAGGGUGUUGGAGGCGAUGGUGUCUCAGGUGCAGCUGCAUCGCUGAAUCAAAGGGGUCAUGAAGUAUGGAAACUUUUCCAGUAUUACCUGGACAAAUCUACUCCGCAUGCUGUUUAUAGAUGGAUUGGAACUUGUGUUCUAUUAGUUCUUUAUGCUCUGCGAGUUUAUUACAUUCAAGGCUUCUACAUUGUUACCUAUGGUUUGGGAAUCUAUAUCCUGAAUUUGCUCAUAGGAUUUUUGUCGCCCCUUGUUGACCCCGAGAUGGAGCCUUCUGAUGGGCCUUUGUUGCCAACAAAGGGUUCUGAUGAGUUCAAGCCAUUUAUUCGCCGUCUUCCAGAGUUUAAGUUCUGGUAUGCAAUCACCAAGGCUUUUUGCGUGGCAUUUGGCAUGACCUUUUUCUCCAUAUUUGAUGUCCCUGUCUUUUGGCCCAUACUGUUGUGCUACUGGCUUGUACUUUUUGUCCUGACGAUGAAGCGCCAAAUCAUGCACAUGAUAAAAUACAAAUACAUCCCAUUUAACAUCGGGAAGCAGAAAUACACGGGAAAGAAACCUGUUAGUGGCAGUAGUUCCCGGGCUGACUGAAGUUGUCUGGUUCCUCUGCUACGGGUUAGUGGAUUUUACAGAGAAGGAAUCUGCAGGACUAGGAGGGAGGCAGUAAAGGAGAAAAAGUACAAGAAGGAGAAGGACCAAAAAAAAAAAAAGGAAGAUUGGUACUGAUAUUUCACUAAAUGCGAUUUGUAUUGACAUUAAAAAUUGGACAUGAAUUUGAAAAUGUAGAUUUUAUUUCUGCCUGGUUACUUGAUGAUAUUAGCAGCCAUUGUUUCUUGCGCCCUUUCAUUUUGGUCCAAUGGAGCAAUCUUCUGCUUAAAGUUAAUUAGCUGUGCUUUUUGUACUGGCAUGGGGGGUGUAAAACCAAGUGAUUUUGUACCGACUAAAAGUAUCAUCUGCUUAGCGUAGUGA